GAGGUCUCACGCGAAAAACGAAAAUGGAUAAGAAAAAGCGCAGUGCAAAUGUUACCGAAGAACAAAAAACAUUAUUAUUACAAUAUAUGGAAAAAAAUCCGCGCUUCUUGUCGGAUAAAUUUUCAGUUGAUUUUACAUAUAAAGAUGCAACCAUCUUAUGGCAAAAGAUAGCAGAUAUCUUAAAUAGUUGCAAUGGUAUAAGUAAAGAUUGGAAAUCUUGGCGGAAAUGCUGGCAAGAUUUACGAUCUCGUAGUAAAAUGAAGCAAAGCAAAAUAAAUGCAGAACGAAAUAAAACUGGAGGAGGGACUGAAUCUAACCUAAAAUUAAGUACAACAGAGGCAGCAACAUUAAAUUUAAUUUGUUCCACAAGUAUUAAUGGACACACAGAGAUAAACGAAAGUGAAGUUCACAUAGGAUCAGACUCUGAGAUACAUUUUGAAAUAAUUGGAAAUGAAGGGGAAUAUCUUCAGCAGAAUGUAGGAGAGUUGAUACAAAUUGGUGAACAUAAUAAUGCAGUCAAUAUUAACAUGGAAAGCACUGAAGCAAACAACAAUGAAGAUAAAGAAAAUUCAUUAAUUGAUAAUAGUGCAUACAAUUUAAAUGAAAAUGAUAAUAAUGGUUCUCCAACUACACUAAUAAUUAAAAAAAGGGAAAAAAAGUUAGACAAUGUUCAAUCUAUACAACAGCCAACAGAGAUACUGGCAGAAGUAGCAAAACAAACUUACCAAAUCCAAAGCUCUUAUUAUGACCAAAAGUUAAUAUUGAAGAAACGAAAGUUAAGACUUCAAAAAAGAUUGGUUAAUGCUGUUGAAAAAUGCAAUCCUUCAUAA